AUGGAGGCACUGGCCGCUGGCGUAUCCUGGGCGCUGGACCAGACAGUCUCUGCGCAGAAGAUCUUGGGCCGCCUCGGUCUCGCUUCACUGCUCGCCCACAACGUGACGGGGUCUUGGACGGAGCUUGCGUCGCAACUUUCGCCCCAAGCAUCUAUCUUGCUGCCCGAUGAGCCAUCAUUCGACUCGUCUAUACGCAGAUGGGGAGAGUGGCAUGCGCCUAGCGUGGGUGCUGUCGUGAACGUCUUCACGGAGAGUGAUAUCUCAGCUACGAUCCGGUACGCGAAUGAACAUGAAAUACCCUUCCUCGCUAGGUCUGGUGGGCAUGGCGCGACCGAAGCAUUGCAGGCUGCUAAAGACGCGAUCAUGAUUGACCUGCGGGGUUGGAACCAAGUCGAAAUAGCAGAAGAUGGAAAGACGGCAACUCUAGGCGGCGGCGCAAGCGUGAAAACGGUUGUCAAUGCCCUCUGGGCGGCAGGCAAGCAGACGACGACCGGCCUUUGCGAAUGCGUCGGUCUUUCAGCACCAAUUCUCGGAGGCGGCCAUGGUUGGCUACAGGGACAGUACGGACUGGCCUCAGACCAAGUCAUCUCAGCCCGGAUUGUGCUUCCCAGCGGCGAAGCGGUGACGGCAUCAGAGGAGACCAACCCCGAUCUCUUCUGGGCCUUGCAGGGAGCUGGACACAACUUCGGUAUUGUGACCGAAUGGGAGUACCGCGUCUACGAUAUCAAGAACAAUGCUUGGGGCUACAGCAUUUUCAUCUUCCUAGCUGAGCAUCUAGAAGAGGUAAUGGAAGUGACGAACAAAAUGAUGCAGACGCAACCGCCUGAGAUUGCCCACUGGAUAUACCUCAUUAACCUUCCCGACAUUGAUCCGUCGAGACCAAUCAUCUGGUACGCCAUCAUCAACGAUGGAAGUGCAAAUGAUACCGUCGAGUAUGCCAAGCCUCUUUUCGAUAUCGAGCAUGUCAGUGUCGAAAGUGGCUCUACCCCGAUGCCCGACUUGGCCGUGAAGGUGUUUACGAGUGAGGACAGCCUCGGUUGUGCCAAAGGCAACACUGGCCUCAGGUAUCCUAUCGGGCUAAAGAGAUACGAUCUUCCCGCCAUUCGAAAAGUGUUUGACGACAUGACCGAGAUGUCUCUCACCGUUCCCGAGCUUGGGGGCUCGUUCUUCAUGUUGGAGGGCUAUUCGACGCAGGGGGUCAAGGCUAUCGAUGAAAAGAGCUCUGCCUUCCCGCAUCGCGAUGAUGAUCUCUUGGUUACCCCUUACGUCGUGUACAAGCCAAACGCGUCUCUGGAUGCCCUAGCUCAAGGCUACGGAGAGAGGUUGCGGGGGCAUCUACUGGAAGCGAGCGACGAUCCGGAGCGGCUGCGGGCGUACGUCAAUUAUGCGCAUGGAGACGAAUCUUUGGAGUCUGUGUAUGGGUGGGAAGAAUGGAGACUGGAGAAGUUGAGGGCCUUGAAGAAGAAGUGGGAUCCAGAGAACCGGAUGAGGUUCUACAAUCCCAUUGUGUGA